AUGGCGAUGAGGGCACUGCUGACGCUGUUCGCCCUGUCCUCCGUGGCCUCUUCCCUAACGCUGCAUGCCAGAGAGGAGGCUGUGGAUGAGUACACCUCAGUCAGCGGUCUCCUCUCCGAGGCGGAGGCGCUCCUGCAGGAGGAGAUGGCCAGCGACCGCGAGGCGGCCGAGGAGGAGAUCGCACUGCUGCAGGAGGUCGACGCCGACGAGAGAGUGGCCGAGGAGGAGCUGGAGGCGGACAGCGACCCCGAGGCGCCCGUGGCCGAGGGGGCCGCCGCGGAGGGCGCCGAGGGUGCCGCGGCCAACGCGUCGUGGAACGCCACGGAGGUGCAGGCCGACGAGAACCAGAGCCGGGCCAACUUGUCCACGUACUUCGACCCGAAGUUGAUGGCCAUCUUCCGGGAGAAGCAGGCGCACCUGAAGGAGACCAUGAAGGAUUUCAUGGUGUCGAAAAAGGAGCUGGACGUUGCCAAGCUGGCCGCGAACCUGGCGAUGAAGAAGUUGAGGCUGGCGACCGAGAAGCGGAGGAAGAUCCUAAUGGGCGAGAGGAUGGCCGAGGCCGAGGAGCGUCGGGCGAUCAAGGAGAACCGCAGACAGGCGAAGACGGACAUGACGGCGCGCGCGGAGCAGCUGCUGGAGGAUUCUUUGGGCGGGCUCGCGGGCUUCAACAUGAGCUACAUGGUGGACGUUGUCCUUGCCUUGCCGGAGGCGCUGCAGGACGAGGAGUUCGUGGAGGACUUCCGCAACGUGACAAAGAGGGUAGACGUUAAUGUCCGAAAGUUCUUGGACCAGACCCAGCAGAAGACCACCCAGUUCGUCAAAGACAGCACCUCCGCCUCUGACGUGGAGCUGCGCUUCAUCAUGGCGAAGUUCUUCCACGAGUCGGGUUUCCGCCUCCGAGGGCUGCACCAGGACAGCCUGAAGGCCAUCCAGAUGCUCAGGCGCACGGUGCCGGAAGACUUGGAGAGGGCGCUAUUCCCGUUCCUCGGGCAGCUGAAUGCCAACACGGUCCGCCUCAGGAUCAAUGCCACCAGCCUGGCUACGGCUACCCCGAAGGAGGCAUGCGACCAGAUCACCCAGAUCAUCCAGUUGCUUGCGCGGAUGGCAAACGUCAGCGACUAUGACUCGAAGCUGGAGACCAUCGGCAAAGUGAUCGAGAACGUGUCAACGAGGGUGCUACCCAACAUGGAGCGGACGCUGCAGGUCUCCCCCAACAUCACCACCUUCGUGGGCUCGUUCCUGAACAUGGCGCGCCUCGAGGUGGGCGGCCUACAGGAGGCGGCCCACAGCAUGGUCACCAGGGCGAGCCCCAUCAUCGCCGAGCGGGUGCAGUGCACCUUCAGCAGCGCGCGCCCGCGCGCUGGCCUCGGCCUCCUCGGCGCUGUCGCGGUGCUCGCGGCUGUAGGCAGGCACUGUCCCUUCACUGCGAUUGCUGCGCUGGACGGCGACCCCCCCGAUCAGGUCUGCUGCACCGACGAGUGCGAGGUGCUCCUGGCCAGCCUGGAGCGCGGCGUCGGCCAGCCCGACGCCUCCGUCGAGGACCCCGCGCUCAGCGCCUGCGUGCGGCCGCCGCGGCAGGUCGAGGCGAUGUCGUCCGUGCUCGACAAGGCGUCUGGGCACAGGGUCGCGGCCGUGAGCGCGCUGAGCUUGGCCUCCGCCUACAGCGCUCUCAACUUCGUCUCGGUGGCGCCGUCCGCGGCGCCCAGGGCACCCGCUGCCGCUGCGCAGGCGCCCCGGGCUGCCUCCGGCGCCGGGCCCUCCUCGGCCAGCGCUCCUGGCGCGGCCGGCGCCGCCGUCGUGGGCGCCAGCGCGCUGGCGGCCGCCGCGGGCCGCCGCCGCGCGAGGAGGGGGAGCCGCGUCCAGCGGCGCGCCGAGGUGGCCCCCGGGGAGAAGGUGGUGGGCAUCGACCUCGGCACCACGAACUCGGCCGUGGCGGCCAUGGAGGCCGGCACCCCCACUAUCAUCCCGAACGCGGAGGGCGCCCGGACCACCCCGAGCGUGGUGGCAUACUCCAAGAGCGGCGAGAUGCUCGUCGGGCAGAUCGCGAAGCGCCAGGCCGUGAUCAAUCCCGAGAACACGUUCUACUCGGUCAAGCGCUUCGUGGGCCGGACCGCGUCGGAGAUCGAGGAGGAGCUGAAGGAGGUGUCCUACACCGUAGAGACCGUGGGCUCCAAGCUCAAGAUCGACUGCCCGAUUGCGGGCAAGCAGUUCGCUCCCGAGGAGAUCUCCGCGCAGGUACUCCGCAAGCUGAGCGCCGACGCCGGAAAGUACCUGAGCGCCACCGUCACCAAGGCCGUGGUCACGGUUCCCGCGUACUUCAACGACUCUCAGCGCCAGGCGACAAAGGACGCCGGCAAGAUCGCGGGCCUGGAGGUGCUGCGCAUCGUGAACGAGCCCACCGCGGCCUCCCUGGCCUACGGCCUCGAGAAGAAAAACAACGAGACGAUCAUGGUGUUCGACUUGGGUGGAGGCACCUUCGACGUCUCCGUGCUGGAGGUCGGCGACGGCGUCUGCGAGGUGCUCUCCACCAACGGCGACACCCACCUUGGAGGAGACGACUUCGACAAGGUCAUUGUCGAUUGGUUGGCAGAUGGCUUCAAGAAGGCCGAGGGCAUCGAUUUGUUGCAGGACAAGCAGGCCUUGCAGCGCUUGACCGAGGCGGCUGAGAAGGCAAAGGUCGAGCUGUCCGGAGUGCAAGAGGCCAAGGUGUCCCUGCCGUUCAUCACAGCGGACGCCACCGGCCCGAAGCACAUCGAGGAGACGCUGUCGAGGGCGAAGUUCGAGCAGAUCGCGGGCACCCUGAUCAAUCGCUGCAAGGCCCCGGUGGAGAAUGCCAUGAGGGACGCGAAGGUCUCUGCUUCGGACAUCAACGAGAUAGUCCUUGUGGGCGGCUCGACCCGCAUCCCCUCCAUCCAGGCGCUGGCCACGGAGCUCGCCGGCGGGAAGGCCCCCAAUCAGAGCGUGAACCCGGACGAGGUCGUCGCCGUCGGCGCCGCGGUGCAGGCCGGCGUGCUUGCCGGCGAGGUGAAGGACAUCGUGCUGCUGGACGUGACGCCCCUGUCGCUGGGCGUCGAGACGCUGGGAGGCGUGGCCACGGUGCUGAUCUCCAGGAACACCACGAUCCCGACCAAGAAGACCGAGGUCUUCUCGACCGCCGUGGACUCGCAGCCGUCGGUGGAGAUCGUGGUGCUGCAGGGCGAGCGGCAGUUCGCCAAGGACAACAAGAUCCUGGGCACCUUCCGGCUGGACGGCGUGCCGCCGGCGCCCCGGGGCGUGCCGCAGAUCGAGGUGACCUUCGACAUCGACGCCAACGGCAUCCUCAACGUCGCCGCCAAGGACAGAGACCGCGGCACGGGCAAGGAGCAGACCAUCACCAUCACCGGCUCGACGACGAGUCGACAAGGAAGACGUCGACAGGAUGGUGAAGGACGCGGAGGCGAACGCCGCGGACGACGAGAAGCGCAAGGACCGAUUCCGUAG